GUGUAAAGACAACGACAUUCUAAUUAACAUCCCUCAGGUUUCACAAAAUCCAAAACCCAUUUCCCAUUUCAUCAUUUACUUCCAUUUUCUCUUCCAUACUUCUACUCUAACCAUACAUUUUUAGUUUUUUUUCCCCUUUCUUAAAGCCUCUAUUUAUCUGUAUUUCUUCAUAUGGUACAUUUAGUUAUCUUCAACUUCUGUUUCUCUUCUUUAGGUAAUGCCUAGGACUAGCUUUUCACUUUGAUCUUAUCUUAGUUUGUUGCUAAGAAUGGUGUAUCGUUGUUUAUCCAAUAUUCUUUUGCUCUAGAUCUGUUAUUCUAUUAUUGUUUUAAAUUGCUAACAAUGGCUGCAGUUUUUAAUGCUAGUUAGAUAUUAGAAACAACCCCAUGUCGGAAUUUUUCAUUGAAUUACUCGUUUGGGGGAUCUAAAAUGCAAGAGCUUUUAGUUUACUGAUUUGACCGGUAAAAGAACAAAAAAGCAAGUGUGGGUGUCUCUGGAUCUAACCCCCAGAAGUUGAAUUUUUUUGAGUUUCUGGUUUUUGGGAUUAGCUUAAAAGAUGCAAGCGAGAUUUGGGUCUGUUGGUUCAUUAGAGGAAGGCAAAGAACCUGCGGUUACAACAAGAUCCAAGACUCCACCAUUAAGGGUCCUUCAGUUAUUUGGCUUGUUUCUUGCUCUGUGUAUGGCCUUUUUUAUGAUUAGCAUAUAUACAAUCCGGCAUUUUGGAACUUAUAGUGUAAUAGCAACAGUUAAGUCUAAUAUUGUGCCUUGUGAUGAAGAUGAAACGACUAGUUUGGAUCAUUGGAGGAAACCUCCUUCAAAUUUGCUUCAUUCAAUGAGUGAUGAAGAGUUACUAUGGAGGGCAUCUUUUAUGCCUCGUAUAAAAAAGUAUCCAUUUAAUAGGGUUCCCAAGAUUGCUUUUAUGUUCUUGACCAAGGGACCAUUGCCACUUUCUCCUCUUUGGGAGAGGUUUUUUGAUGGGCACCAAGGCCUUUAUUCGGUCUAUGUUCAUUCAUUGCCUUCAUUCGAAGCUGAGUUUCCUCCGUCUUCGGUUUUUUACAGAAGACAAAUCCCAAGUCAGGUCUCUGAAUGGGGAAAGAUGAGUAUGUGCGAUGCUGAGAGAAGGCUCCUUGCCAAUGCCUUGCUCGACAUAUCCAAUGAAUGGUUUAUCCUCCUAUCCGAAUCCUGCAUACCUCUAUAUAAUUUCAGUGUCAUCUACCACUACAUAAAGAAGUCCAAAUACAGCUUCAUCGGUGCAUUUGAUGACCCUGGGCCACAUGGUCAAGGCCGUUACAAUGAGAGUAUGGCUCCAGAGGUGAAUCUCACCCAAUGGCGUAAAGGUUCCCAGUGGUUUGAAAUUAACCGAAAGCUUGCAGUCAACAUAGUGGAAGACAUCACAUACUACCCAAAGUUCGAACAGUUUUGCCGUCCGGCAUGUUAUGUCGAUGAGCAUUAUUUCCCGACCAUGUUAACAAUUCAGGCAUCGAAUCUGUUAGCAAAUAGAAGCAUCACAUGGGUAGACUGGUCGAGGGGUGGGGCUCAUCCUGCAACUUUCGGAAGUGCAGACAUCACCGAAGAGUUCUUCACAAGAAUCUACGAAGGCCAUGAAUGCUGGUAUAACGAUCAACCAUCUUCCAUUUGUUUUCUUUUCGCCAGGAAAUUUGCUCCCAGCGCUCUGGAGCCUUUGUUACAGAUAGCACCCAAGGUUUUGGGGUUCUAACAACAUUAAACCACCUGCCAUUGCCAUUGCCAGUGUCAUUGCCAGACAUCUGAUGAUGGCUCCAUACAUGAGACUAUAUAUAUGGCAAGUAUGGCAGCACCAUUCUUUUCAUUCAAACAUAAAUGGGUGUUAUACUCUUUCAUUGUCUAUGUACAGAGAAGUGUCUAUAUUCACAUUUUUUUUGUGGAGUUCAAAAUUAUUAGUGUUAGUAGUA